AUGACUGAACUAAUUUAGUUAGAUGGUCUAAAAUUUAGUUCAGAAAAUCUUAGCGAAUUAGGAGGUAAGCAAGGAGUAGGUUCAUUUUUUUAAUGCUGCUGCUAUGUAGAUCCAUCAAAAUGGGCUACUGAAUAACAAAUUCACAAAGCUAUUUAUACCAUCUUAUAAAGUAGAAAUAUGUUUCCUAAAAGAAGUCAUGAAGUAAUGCUUAAAGUUGAAUAAUGUAGAUCAUAAAGCGAAAUAAUAUUUUAGACUCCUAAUAGGAAUUCAUUUCCGACUUCUUAAAGUAGAUUACCUACUUAAAGGAUUCUUAAUUAAGAUUUAGAGAGAUAUUUAUCUGAUCCUAAUCCAUUUAUAAACUAAGAUCAUUUUUUAUAAGAGUCUUAAAAAGAAACUACUUGUGAUGUUACUUCAUAAGACAUACUUUCCUGCAUAGAUCAAAAUAACAAUAACUUAAAUAAUAAUGCUAAUAUACAUUUGUUCUAUCAAAUGGCAAUGAAUCAAUAAAAUUAAAAUGAUUAAAGAGGGUUAAAUAACUAAAUGAAUGAUUAAAGCGGAUUAAAUAACUAAAUUAGUAAUUCUAGCGAUUAAUAACACCAAAAUGGGUUGAUUGUAUAAAAUUAAGUUGCUUUUCUUGAUAUUUAAUAAUAAGAUACAAAUUAUCAAGAGGAAUAAAAAGAAAAUUAAUAACCCUCAUCAUUUUCUAGUUCCUAAUAAAAUAAAUUGCCUCCUCUUAAUAAUUUAAAUGUUAAUAAUGAAAAUAAUUAAAUGUUUUAAUAGUAAAAUUUUAACUUAGAAUAAUCUCAAAUAAAUUAAAAUUAGGAAAAUUUAUCAUGGCAAACUGAUGAAAUAAAUGAAAAAAUAGAUGAAUCUCUAAAGAAUUAAUCAUUUUAAAGUUUAAUAGUAGGAAAAGAUAAUAUUUAAAAGAAAAUAGGAGAAGAACAAGAAAAAGAAAAAACUAAACCUAACAAUUUUAUUUAAGAUAUUUAAAUAAACAAACCAGCUGCAUAAGAUGAUAUUGAAGCGAAAAGAGAAGAAGGAGAAGAAAAAGAAGAAAAUAAAUCUAACAAUUCUAUUUAAGAUAUUUUAAUAAAAAAACUAGUGGAAUAAGAUAAUAUUGAAACGAAAAUAGAAGAAGGAGAAGAAAAUAAAGAAAAUGAAUCUAAAAAUAAUGUUUAAACUAUUUAAAAUAACAAUUCUUUUAAUGAUGAAGAAUCAGAAAUAUAUUGUUAAAUUCAUCAGAAUAAUACUUAACGCUCUUCAAAUAAAUUAAAAAAUACUGAUGAUAGCAGAAACCAAGGUGAGUCAAAGUUAUAAGAAAGCAAUCUCAGUGACUCUGAUAUCAAAUAUGAAGAGUAGAAAGAUCAUAUUUAGGAUAUACAUUAAAUGAAGACUGUAGAUAUGCAGCAAGAAAAAGAACAGGUCUAUAAUGAAUAAACAAACUAUUAGAUUCAAAUGCUUAGAAAAGAAAUAAAAUUAGAAAAAUAGAAAAAUCAUUAGCUUCUAAAAGAAAAGAAAAAAGACAAACAUGAACUAAGUAUUCUAAAGUCUAGCGCUACUUAAUAUAUAAUGGAAAAUUCUGAAUUAAAAUAAUAAGUAAUUGAAUUGAAAAAUGAAGUAAUUGAAUUGAAAAAAGAAUUAGCCUAGACUGAAGUGGCAAAUUUUAAUGAAGAUAUUUUAUCUCAGAAUAUAGCUUAGUUCGAGCUAAUGUAACAAAAAGAGAAAAGCUCAGAUAUUUAUAAAGAUUUGUACAUAAAAGAGUUAGAGUAAACUAAAUAGCAAAAUAGAGAAGAAAUUCUAUUUUUGAAGAAUUAGAUGUUAGAAAUUCUUAAAUAGAUUCAAUAAUCUUAAUAAAAAUGA